AGCGUCCGCCGGCACCGGGACGCUGGUCCCGCCCAGCUCAGGCUCCGGCUCCGGCUCAGCUCACCUCGCAGUGGAAAAACAUGGCGUCUGUGGUGUGUCGUUUUUCCCGGCUCUCGGCGCUCCGCAACGCCGCGGUCCUGACGCGCAGUGCCGGACCGAAGCGGCCUGAUGCACCGCAGUGCCGAAACGCUGUGGCUACCUCAACUGGGGCCAUUCUCCCCAAGCCUGUCAAGAUCUCAUUUGGCCUGAUUCGGCUAGCUGUGGUCGUGGUGCCCUUCUUGUAUGUGGGUACUCUCAUUAGCAAGAACUUUGCCGCUUUACUAGAGGAGCAUGACAUUUUCGUCCCCGAGGACGAUGAUGACGACGACUAAUUUGACACCGUUUGCAGCACUAAAGCUUGCAAAGAGAGAAACCACUGGAAAGUGAGAGUAAAGACUGAUGUUUCACCUGUAUCUGGAUGAUCAGCAUCACCUGUCCUUCCUCAACUUCCACAGCCUGCUUCCGCUAUUUAAUUAUGACUCACCAAAGAGAUGGACAAGAAAUGUGGUGCCAUUAUUUCUGACUUCUACUAUUUGCAUGAACACAAUUAAAGAGCUUAAUCAAAGUGGCUUUGGCCACUACUGUAAUUGUGAACCAGUCAGGUGAAUGUUCUGAGGGAGGAGCAAUUGUUUAGUAGCUGAUAUCACAAGAUGGUUUCUGUUCAUACUCGCCUAUUCAAAGCUUAUAAUAUCAUUCCUGGCAGACAUGACCCCAAAUGGCUAUUUCACAUGCUGUUUAUACUGUCCGAUUACAAAUAAAGAUUACGCUGAGAUUUUAA